GAGGCGGGUUGGAGGAGGAAAAAAGCCCACCCUCGCCUAUUCAGCCUCCUCCUCCCCCCCACCUUCUCCUCGGUUCUGGGUUCAGGGUGAGCCGUUGAGCCGAGGCCCGCGCGCCGCCCGAGACUUGAGCGGGGAGCGAGGAGGAGAAGAAGCAAGCCGAGCGCGGGAGAGCGUAGUCGGCCAGCCCCGGAGCCGCAGCCCAGCGGCCUGCAUUGUUUUCGUGAGGGUGGAAGCGCGGAGGGACGGGGACGGGCUACUCCCCCCUCCUCCCCCCGCGACUCCGGAGCAACGACAAAAAUGGCUCAAGCAGCAAUGGCGGCAGCAUCCAGCCAUGAGGAGGACUCAUCUGAAAGCAGAAUGGUGGUUACUUUUCUCAUGUCAGCCCUUGAAUCGAUGUGCAAAGAGCUUGCCAAGUCUAAGGCAGAAGUUGCCUGCAUUGCUGUGUAUGAAACAGAUGUGUUUGUGGUGGGAACCGAGAGAGGAAGAGCUUUCGUCAAUUCCAGAAAAGAUUUUCAGAAGGAUUUUGUGAAGUACUGUAUUAAUGAAGAGGCAAAAGCUGUAGAAUUGCAGAAGACAAAAUCAGCAUCACUUGAUAACAGGAUGACUGUGGAUAUUGUGGAAAUGGAAGCUCUCAGGAAGUCUGUGGAGGAUUAUUUCUGUAUUUGCUAUGGUAAAGCUUUAGGAAAAUCAACAGUCGUUCCUGUGCCAUAUGAUAAGAUUCAGAGGGAUCCAUCUGCUGUGGUGGUACAUGGGCUUCCCGAAGGACUUGCUUUCAAACAUCCCUCUAGCUACGAUGUCACAACACUGAAGUGGAUUUUGGAAAACAAAUCUGGGAUCUCGUUUGUCAUCAAAAGGCCUUUCCUUGAGCCAAAGAAACAUUUAGGUCCUCGUGUGUCAGACUCCUCACACACAAUAACAUCUCCAGGUGGAAGUUGCCCUUCCGUUCAGGUGAAGACUGAGCCCAAUGAAGAUUCUGGACUCGAGAUGGUAACAGUUAAAGAAGAAUCAGAAGACCCUGAGUAUUAUCAGUUUAAUAUUCCAGCAGGUCCUUCAGAAACUUCGGCGAUUGAUGAGAAAAUCGCCAUGGCAAAGUCUUAUACAGGGAGCAACCAGGGUUCCGAUUGCAGUGAAGGAACAGAUGUGGAAUUGCCAGUAGAAGAUUCUUCUCAGCAUGCCACUUCUGAAACAAGUGAGGAUCCUGAAGUGGAAGUGACCAUUGAAGAUGAUGAUGACUAUUUACCACCCCAUAAGAAGACAAAGAGCAUAGAACCAGCCAAUGAUGCUUCCAAUUCUGGGAGAAGAAAAGCUAGAGAGUUCAAUUUUGAGAAAUGGAAUGCCCGAAUUACAGACUUGAGAAAGCAAGUUGAAGAGUUAUUUGAAAGAAAAUAUGGUAUUGCUCUGUUCAAUAGGUCAUUUGCUCCCACCUCCUCUCCCCCUGGGAAACGACAGGAGAAUACAGACAGAGGGAGACCCGAAGCUAUUAAUGCAAAAGGGCCUGUAUCUAUCCCGUAUCCACUCUUCCAAUCUCACGUUGAAGAUCUGUAUGUGGAAGGAUUACCAGAAGGAAUUCCUUUUCGUAGACCCUCCACUUAUGGGAUCCCACGUCUUGAAAGGAUUUUACUGGCAAAGGAACGGAUUCGAUUUGUGAUUAAGAAGCAUGAGCUGCUAAAUUCAACACGAGAAGAUUUACCGUUAGACAAACCAGUUGCAGGAGUGAAAGAAGAAUGGUAUGCCAGAAUUACAAAACUAAGGAAAAUGGUAGAUCAGUUAUUCUGCAGAAAAUUUGCUGAGGCUUUGGGAAGCACUGAACCAAAGGCUGUACCUUACCAGAAAUUUGAAGCGCACCCCACUGAUCUUUAUGUGGAGGGUUUGCCAGAGAAUAUUCCAUUCCGGAGUCCCUCUUGGUAUGGAAUCCCUCGGCUGGAGAAAAUUCUUCAAGUGGGGAAUAGGAUAAAGUUUGUAAUAAAAAAGCCAGAGCUACUAACAAUCACUCCCACAGAAGUUACUCAACCAAGAACAAACAUGCCAGUGAAAGAAGAUUGGAAUGUCAGAAUCACAAAAUUGAGGAAGCAAGUAGAAGAGAUAUUUAAUCUGAAAUUUGGACAAGCUCUGGGUCUCAGUGAAGCAGUGAAAGUUCCUUAUCCUGUCUUUGAAUCAAAUCCUGAGCAUCUGUAUGUAGAAGGUUUGCCUGAAGGGAUCCCCUUUCGAAGCCCAACAUGGUUUGGAAUCCCACGCCUGGAAAGAAUUGUGCGGGGGAGUGGAAAAAUUAAAUUCAUUGUAAAGAAGCCAGAGCUUGUUACCUCGUAUUUGCCUCCAGAAUUGGCUAGUAAAGUGAAUACUUCAGGAUCUCAGAGUCCCAGCAGCUCAAACUCUGCACGAAGUCCUGUAAGCAACUCUAAGGUUCCAGAGAUUGAAGUAACUGUAGAUGAAGGUCCUGCUAAUAGGGUAUCGACCCCAGAUGUUAGAAAUAAUCCUCAAACCAAUGGAUCCAAUACAGGCUUUAAGCCAAGAGGAAGAGAGUUUUCUUUUGAGGCCUGGAACGCCAAGAUUACUGAUCUGAAACAGAAAGUUGAAAAUCUUUUUAAUGAAAAAUGUGGGGAAGCUCUCGGACUGACAGAACCUGUGAAAGUUCCUUUUGCGCUCUUUGAAUCUUAUCCUGAAGAUUUUUACGUUGAAGGCCUUCCUGAGGGAGUGCCAUUCCGUCGCCCAUCCACUUUUGGCAUUCCAAGAUUGGAAAAGAUCCUCCGAAACAAAGCUAAGAUAAAAUUUAUCAUUAAAAAGCCUGAAAUGUUUGAGGCAGCAAUUAAAGAAAAUGCUACUGCUAUUCCAAGUCCUCAAAGAAGAACCAGUUUAUGUAAUACUGUGAUAAAUGCUGUAAGUGUGCCUGACCCAGUGGUGAACACAGCUGCUGGAGUAGAAGACCUUAACAUCAUUCAGGUUACAAUACCAGAUGAUGAUGAGAGAACCUCCAAAGUAGAGAAGGCCCGACAGCUGAGAGAGCAAGUGAAUGAUCUGUUCAGUCGGAAAUUUGGGGAAGCCAUUGGUAUGGGAUACCCUGUGAAAGUCCCAUACCGAAAAAUCACUGUCAACCCUGGCUGUGUGGUGGUGGAUGGGAUGCCCCCUGGUGUCUCCUUUAAGGCUCCUAGCUAUCUUGAAAUCAGUUCCAUGAGGAAGAUUCUGGAUUCCGCAGAGUUUAUUAAAUUUACUGUCAUUAGACCAUUCCCUGGACUUGUAAUGAACAACCAAAUUGCUGAAAAAGCUGAAGCAGAAGCCCCAGCAGCCACUGUGCCAGCUCCUGAGCCAGUGGUACAAGAGCCAGUUGAAGCAGACCAAAUAGUACAAGUAUCUGUGGAAGAAGAUUCAGCACAGACUGAAGAAAACACUCAGAUAAAACAAGAGCCAGAUCCAACGUGGUAGACCUCACUUGCAUUAGGCUAAAGGACAGUCGUAAAGGAAGCAGAGCAGUGGGUGGUAUUCAGAUACUUUUCUAGGUAGGAGACAGACCCUGACUCUUGCGGUGAAUGCAGAAUCUAUGAUCUGACUUCCAUUUAUAUUGGUCCUGUAACUCUGUAGAUCACUUAACUUGGCGGAAUCCCUCUUACAGUCUUUAAGUUGUGCUCCUUUUGUCCUUGGGCCACUUGCUUUGAAUUCUAGUCCUCUUGAAUCUUUAGAGCAAUCUUCCCCACCCUAAUGCCCUUCAUAUGUUUUGGAUGACAUCCUCUCUGCCCAUUGGCUUUGCUGGCUGGGGCUGAUGGGUGUUGGAGUCCAUAUCUGGAGGGCUUGAGAUACUUAACAAGAACCAAGUUAAACUGAGUGAAAUAUGUACAGUACGCAAAAAAUAGCCAUUAUUUUCAUAGGGCUUCUAGUAGCAGUUUAUUUAACUUCAAUCUCUGUCAUUUUGUUUUAUCUCCUCAAUCUCCAAUCAAAAGCAAAAGCAUCAAGGCUUGUGAAGAGUUUGCUGGGAUAGCCCUGGCCUGUGUAAUAUAACUGUAUAAGAGAAGUACCUUCUAUCUAUCCUAUCCUAACCUAUUCCAUCCCCUCUUCCUGCCAUCCUUCCUUCCUUCCUAGAUAGAAAUCUCUACUUGGGUCAAAAGUCUGGGAAUUGUUACAAAAUAGAGAUAUCUUCAAUUCCAGCCGUAAUUGAGAAAAGAGAGGCCGAACACAUAGCUUAUGGUUGUUACUUUUUGCUUUUGUUAAUAAAAAUCAGCAGGGAUUAGCAAAUAAAUAAAUCUGUCUUCUAAGUGAAUAGCCCCUAGAUGCAUUUGGCCUUUUUUUUUUUUUGAAGAAGGAUGACCACCAUAGUUCAGAUUUAUUUAAACUAGGUGGGGUGGGGAUUGAAAUUUGUCCAAUGAAUUUUAAUUUCUCUUUCUCCUUUAAUGGCUAAUUGGAUAAUAGUAUCUGUAUAUUUGAAAUAAUUUUUUCCUAUGAUAUAUCUCUCAACUCAUAUGUUUUUAAUAAAUAAAUAAAAACUGA